CAUAUAAAUUAUUUAUUUCAUUUCUACAAUAUUGACUUAAUAAAAAGAGGGUAAUUCGUUCAAUUUCGUAUUGUGUUUGUUUAACUAUACUUGAUUAUUAUAAAAUUUAUAGUGACAUGGAAGAUAUAAUAUACAGUACUAACAUGUUUGACAAUACAUUUUGAGAAUAUCUAUAAAGACUUGUUUUAAUAUUCAAUUUCAUUUAUCUACCUGUCAUUCAAUCAUUUAUUCAUUAUUUUGGCCAGAAAAAUCAUGGUCAGUGUUACUAUUAUUACAUUACCCCCUAGUAAAUGGAUCAAUACAGUAUAUUGGUAAACUGGCAAAAAAACACAACCCUUUCCACUCACUGCGAAGUACUUACUAUAGACCCUAAUCACACUUAAGAGUUACAUCGGCCCAGGGCCGGCCCAAGUCAGGCUCAGGGAAGGCCCCGGACAGGCUUUUUUUAAGUCUGAACAAUCAGUAAAUGUUAAGCCAGCCCUUAGUCCGACAUUUGAGUCGGCUCAGGUCAGGCCGACCCGACUUUAUAUCUGAAUGUAAGCCGAACCUGAGCCGGCCCAAGUUCGCUCCGAUUGCGAUCGAUUUUGACAUCUUAUCUACCACAACAUUCAUUCGAACUGACUUUCGCGAAAAAACACCAUUGAGAAAUAAAUUGUUAAGGAAACUGUAGAGUAAAUUGUAUUCAGUUGAACUAUUGUUUUGAAUAAAAGUUGUUAUAUAUAUAAUUAUUACUCACAUCCUCCGUGCGAAGCACCAGAAAAUAAAAUUAUUGGUGAAAAUCAUCAUUACUGGUGGGAGGUGGGUUCCCUGAACAAGGUGUAUGUAAGGUCUCACUGUAUGUAGCACAUCAUUUAUUUUCAAGAUAUUUGUGACACUUUUCUUCUUAAAAAAAUAGUACAUAUUUUUACUAUUAUCCUUUUAACAUAAAAAAUAAAAACAUCUCUUAGAUGUGUAUUUUGAAAAUUUUUCAUUGGGAGUGAUAAAUAUGAUUACUGUAUUUUCAUACAUUUGGUAAAAGACAGCAUUUAACUGUAGUAAAUCAGUUAGCUAUAUGUUCAUUUUUUGUCCAGGGUAGCUUUUUAAGAUUGUUUACCAAUAAUCGAUGAUGCUUUCUUUUUGUUGUAACUGUGUACAGUUUAUGAGUUUCUGGCUUAUUGAUGAAUUGCUAUAGCAUAUUUCCAUACAUCCGUAACUGAGCCAAAUUUCCAUAGUCUGGAUUAUGAAAGUUCCAUAGAGCUGAGCUUGAAAACCCUUCAAGGCAUUUGAAAUUUUGACAUGUAAGAGUGAUGAUCAAUUAAUGAUUAGGCUACUUCUGACGUCCUAUCAACUCACACAUUAACUUGAGAUUGUUUGAUUUUAAAGAAUUUAAAGGACAUUUGCUUAUGUUAUAUUUAACCUGGCUACAAAUACAUGGGUUUAGGACAGGAAUGGGCAUAAAAAUCAGUUGGAGGGCCAAAGUAAAUUUUUCUAUUUAACACGGAGGGCCGAACCCGAACUUUGAUGUUUACAAUGUGCUUGCAAAACCUUCAUGCACUACUUUUAUACCACUUUAUUCUAGGUUUUAAUGUUACUUUUUACAGAUGAUCAGUGUCAGGCCGUAAAAAACAAGGUGUUUUCUAGUCAAAAGAGUUCGGCGGACCGCGCACAUGGGGGUUUUAAUUCAUUUUUGUGGGCCACAAAAAAAAUCGCUGUCGGGUUGCACUUUGCCCACCUGUAGUUUAGGAUAUUAUUAUAUUCAAAGAAAAAAUUAGUUAAAUAAAUAGGAACUGCCAUAUAGUUUAGUCACAUGGUGUUGUACAAACACUCUCACCAUGAAGCUAUUGAGCAUGUAAUGCAUCGAUUACUGAUUGGUCAGACUAUUUAAAAACAUGAUGUAAUGCCUGAUGUGAUAACCUUUAAACUUUUAUGAUAUCAAUGAAUAGGAACUGCAUACACUAUGUAUACAAUAUUACAAUAGGGUUGGGCAUACAUGUUCUAGUUAAUUGCACUUUCUUUUCAAUAGUUUCUUGCACUAGGUUUUACUGAAUGUACUUCAAUAUGAGACUGAGUGUAAUAUUAACUUAUGUAUUUGCAAACUUUUAUUGCAAUGCUCAAUUUCAUGUUAACAAUGGAAAGCAGGCAAGCGAAUUCCUCAGCAAGAACAAACGCAUAAAGACACCACGAAAUGCUGAAGAUGUCAUGGAUCAUUUGGUGUAUAGCACUUUACUACAGCCUAUGCUACAAUCAGUUGAAUAUCAGCUGAGAUCACACAAGCUGCGGAAUCGACAAGAAUUCUUUGAUGAAAUGAAGCCUGCUACUUUAAAUGAUUUGCUUUUAUUAGAGUAUGCUGAAAAUAUGACACCGAAAAUGUUGAAAGCAGGGCCCAGUACUAAAGAUUUCACAACUGAAUCAUUGAGCACCACACCGGAAUCUCCGUCUCAGUGUAUUGUGGAUUUGGGAUAUUUUAAUUCUGACCUUCAAGCAGGCGACCUGUACGCACUGAUGAUGGUUGAUGCUUACGGUAAACUCCCUCCUGGUGUUUUUCAAGGUAGCAUUACAUGGCCCGGUCUCUAUGAUCAAUGUCAAUCGCAGUCGAAGUCUUCUAAUGUAACAAAUUUCGAAGGCAAACACUGCAUAGUAUUUCUGUACAAUGCAAAUUCAAAUGCCUCGUUCCCGAGUCUGAAUAUUGGAAUGUGUGUGCCUAAUAGCUGUGAUGCAGAGCAGAUUAAGAGCCUGUUGAAUAGUCUUCCUAUAGACACUGGUUUUACUGUAACAAACACAAUAUGCACUAAAGUAUAUGAAUAUUCAGCAGCUGCUAUUGCCUGCCUGACCACACUCACACUUUUAUGUGUGAUGAUAAUCAUUGGUACCAUUUAUGACUUGGCUAAACGAAGGAAAGAAUCAGCUGCACUUAAAGUAGAUGAUAAAAACAAUGACAAAGACAUGAACAUUGCUGAAACCACAGCAACAUACAAUCCAUGUGAGACUUCACCAUUACUGGCAGCAUCGGAAAAGAAUGUGAUUAAACAAAAUGACAGCUUUUUUGGAAAAUUUAUUCUGUGUUUCUCAAUGAUAACAAAUGGUAGUAAGAUACUGAAAACGAAGCAAGAAGAAGGAAGUCUGGGAGCCCUCAAUGGCAUUAGGGUCCUUAGUUUAUUUUGGGUGAUUUUAGGACAUACUUAUUCGUCCUCCAUUGCACUAUUUAGUAAUAUUUUAACACUAUUUGAUGUGAUUGCCCGAUUUUCAUUUCAAGCCAUAGCCAAUGCUACUUUCUCUGUUGAUUCCUUCUUCUUCUUGAGUGGUUUACUCGUAACUUACUUAACAUUAAAUUACAUGAAGAAAAAUAAUGGUAGGCUAAACUGGGUGAUGUUUUAUGUCCAUAGAUACCUCCGACUGACUCCUGUUUAUAUGCUUGUUAUUUUUAUCUUUACAACCUUAACACCAUACUUUGCAACUGGACCAUUUUACUCAUAUUUAUUUGAUCCAAAUCCUGCCCCCGGUGUAGAAACUCAAAUAACAUAUUGCCAAGAUUACUGGUGGACAAAUUUACUCUACAUCAACAAUCUCUAUCCCUCAGAACUUAUGAGAGAAUGUCUAGCAUGGGGUUGGUAUCUUGCUAAUGAUAUGCAAUUCUUCAUCAUCAGCCCCUUCAUUAUCUAUCUUCUCUAUCACUAUUUCUUUGCUGGGGUAGCUGCUUGGUGCAUUCUUCUGCUAACAUGUUUCUCCAGUUUGAUAGGAGAAUCCAUCAAACAUGAUCUUACAACAGAGUUUAUCCCAGAGGAUCCAAACCAGUUAAAUUUUACAACCGAUUCAAUUUAUGUCCAGCCAUGGAGCCGUAUUUCCCCGUAUCUUGUCGGUAUGGCUGUUGGAUACAUCUUGUACAAAUAUCGAGGGCGGGUUCGUAUGUCAAUUUUUACGACGAUAUUGGGAUGGGUGAUUGCAACUGUGAUUGAUCUUGCAGUUGUUUAUGGUCUCUAUGGCAACUUCCAUGACAACCAUCUCAGUAAAGGUGGUACAGUUGUGUACAUCACUUUAUGCCGGUUUGCUUGGGCCGUUUCUCUUGCAUGGGUAGCAUUUGCAUGUGCAACUGGGUAUGGUGGGCCAGUGAAUUCCCUGCUUUCCUGGUCAGCAUGGGUACCACUCGCCCGCAUUAAUUACUGUGCUUAUCUUAUUCAUCCUAUUGUCAUAUCUGUCUUUUAUUUCUCUCUACCAAAUAUGAUUUAUUUCACUGAUUUUUUAAUGGUGUAUUUUUUCCUUGGUAAUCUUGUGUUAUCGUAUGCAUGUGCCUUUAUUUUCUCAGUAUGUGCAGAAGCACCGUUUAUGGCAUUAGAAAAAUUGCUUUUGAAGCGAGAGAAGAGCGUGUGAUUAGGUAAUUUACAAAUGAGUUUACAGUAGUUUUUUUUAUGAAAUAAUUAUACCUUGGCUAAAAUAUUGACUUAAAAAUGCAAAAUGAUUACCAAUGCUAAUAAGUUACUUAGAUAUAACAUUGUUCAGUACAUUUAGAGUAAACACAGCCUGGGUAUUAACAUACAUUUUUUAAGAUGAGUGUAUGAAAAUGUAAGUGAACCAGGACCCAAUUAAAAUAAAAUGGACCGGGCCCUUCAACCAAUUCAAGUUCCUGGAUCGCCACUUUAAAUAUUUAUCUAUGAGUACUUUACUCUUUGUUUUUUAGUCCACCCAGCCUUGAAGUUUUCCAUUCCGUCUAAAGCUAAUUUCAUGAACCUCUACCCCCCUUAAUAAACCCUUUGCCCAUCCUUAAAAUCUACUCUUAGUAGAGUUUACCAAUGUAAUCACCAACCUAUAAAAUGUCUACCACCUGCAGUUUUUGUUUUAUUUCUGAGUAUGUUAGCAAAAAGUCAUUAAUAAAAUGCAUGAACGAAUCAAUUAUUGUUUGAGAUCAUAGCAUUACCUACUGUACUUGGUCCAUUUCCUAUGGCCAUUGAAUACAGAUGUCCAUGUAGAUUGUUAAAAUGUCAGUAUAAGAAUCAACUGAAAUAAUUAUAUGAAAGGAAUGAUUCUUUAUGUGCAUUUAAAGACUUUACUGCUUACUUCAACAUAGUAUACACCAAACAAUAGUAAUUUAGCAUAAUUAAGUCCUCUCCCAUUCAUAUUUUACUACAAAAACCUAGUCUUGAUCAUGUAAAAUGUUUAUUUCAUCUC